AUGGACAAAGUUAUUUACUUCGCAUUAUUCAUCCUGCUCUCUGGAGUGAUUUCAUUGGCAAAUACCCAGGACUAUGAAGGUCCAGAAUACAAUUCGGAGGGUGAUAAGUCGCCACACUACAGUUGUGAAAAAUCCACCACUACUGUAAAUGGUAUUCCCAUGCCCUGUGCCGGUCACUUAAUAUUCCACGACGACUUCGGAGGCAACUCCUUGGAUCCGCAAAAAUGGACCGCAGAAAGACGCAUACCUCGUGCUCCCGACUAUGAAUUCAAUUAUUAUAUCGAUGAUGUGGAGGAGAUCCUGAAAGUCGAGAAUGGCGUGGUUCGCAUCAAACCAAAAUCAACUGCCGCCCAUUUGGGCCAAUGUGAAAUGGAAAGGGCUCCCUUAAAUUUGGGUGAAAAUUGUACCGCCGACAUUGAUUCCGAUGAGUGUGUAAUAAAACCAACAGUUUUGAAGUUAGUUCCACCCUAUAUCUCGGCACAGUUUACAUCGAAAUAUAAAUUCGCUUUUAAAUACGGGCGGGUUGAGGUUCGUGCCAAAAUGCCCCAAGCCAUGUGGGUAUAUCCCCAACUGUGGUUGCAACCGAACUAUCCGCGAUAUGGCAAUACCAAACUUUAUUAUUCCGGUCAAAUGCGUAUUGGUCAGACACGGGAUGAUGGUCCAAAGAAAGAUUUAAUAACCGGCCUUGUGAUCAAUACUAAACCAGAUUGGUAUUAUCUGCUGCUUUGUAUUAAUGGUACCACACAAAAUCUCUCCGAUGAGUUCCACACCUAUGAAAUGUUGUGGACCCCUGAUGUGAUUACAUUCUCCUUGGAUAAUACGGAAUAUUGUCGCUUUGAGGUGAACAGCGAAGAGGAGAGUUUUCGAAAUCGUAAAGUUGGUUGGUCCAAAAUGCCAAAUCGUAAUUACCUGCAAAGGGGUACGAAAUGGGCACCAUUUGACGAGGAAUUUUAUUUGCUGUUCGGAGAGGGAGUUGGUGGUUAUAGCAAUUUUCCCGAUGACGGUUGGUCGGUGGAGAAACCAUGGCAAAGAACCCAAACACAUUCAAUGAUGAUAUUCCGUGAUAACAUGAAAUCGAAUACAACAUGGUUGGAUCGUGCCGAUUUGGAAAUCGAUUAUGUCAAAGUUUAUUCAGUUUAA